AUGGCUCCUGUAACCCUUCACCUUCGAUCCGAAACCAAGCCACUGGAGCACCGCAGUGCUCUCACACCAACAGUAACCCGGAAACUGCUCGACAACGGUUUCAAGGUCAAUAUUGAGCGCAGUCCUGAACGAAUCUUUGACGAUAAAGAGUUCGCCUCCGUCGGAGCUACAUUAGUGGAGGAAGGAUCAUGGCCAAACGCACCAGAAGAUCACAUCAUCAUUGGCUUGAAAGAAUUAGAGGACAAGGACCCUUUUCCUCUGAAGCAUACCCACGUCGCCUUUAGCCAUUGCUACAAAAACCAAGGUGACUGGGAGAAGGUUUUAGGGCGCUUUCCUCGGGGUGGAGGCACUCUAUACGAUCUAGAAUUCCUGACCGAUGAAAAGGGCAGGCGAGUGGCAGCGUUCGGAUUUCAUGCCGGCUAUGCGGGCGCGGCUUUGGCUCUCCUAGAUUGGGCAUGGCAACUGGAGCACGGUAAUAAGGAAGCUUUACCUGGCAAGGGUCAUUAUCAGUGUAAAAGCGAUCUAGACACAGAGGUUAAGGAGCAGGUCUCUAAAGGCGUGCAAAGGAACAAAGGGAAAUCGCCGCGCGUGCUUGUUAUCGGAGCGUUGGGCAGAUGCGGAAGAGGAGCUCUAGAGUGCUGUCGACAAGCUGGCAUCCCGGAACAACAGCUUGUGAAAUGGGACAUGGACGAGACGGCCCAGCCUGGACCGUAUAAUGCAAUUAAGGAGGCUGACGCCUUUAUUAAUUGUAUCUACUUGAGCGAGCCUCUUCCUCCUUUCAUUUCUACGGACUUUUUAAAGCAAGGAACACGCAAUCUCAGCGUUGUGUGUGAUGUUUCUUGCGACACUACCAAUCCUCACAAUCCUAUCCCCUUUGCCAACCAGCCCACCUACUUCAGCAAGCCGACUAUCACCCUGCCGGACUUCCUGAAUCCACCCCUGAGCUAUAUCUCUAUAGAUCAUCUCCCAUCUCUACUCCCGCGAGAGGCGUCCGAAGCGUUUAGUGAAGCACUUUUGUCCAGUCUCCUCCAGCUACCGGAGAGGGACACAGCGCCUGUAUGGGUAGGGGCAGAGAAAAUGUUCAAGGAAAAAGUCGCGCUUUUGCCUCAAGCGCUCAGGCAGAGGGAGACGCCCGUUGCAAAUGGGGCAGCUAGAGCAUAA